CCGCGUCAGGGCUUGGACCGCGCCUGCCGCUCCGCGGCCUUUUCUUCCGCUCCCGCCCUGCGGUGCUCCCAGGCGGCUGCACCGGCUCGGAGGGGUAGGAGGUGGAGCUCCGCCGCUGGGACAAACCUGGAGGCAAACCCAUGGGAGGCAAUGUUUGAGUAACUCCAAGGAGACUAGACAGUGAGAAUGUCAGCCCUCAACUGGAAGCCCUUUGUGUAUGGAGGGCUGGCCUCUAUCACCGCGGAAUGUGGUACAUUUCCAAUUGAUUUAACUAAGACGCGGCUCCAGAUUCAAGGCCAGACAAACGAUGCCAACCUCCGAGAAAUCAGAUACCGUGGGAUGUUGCACGCGCUGAUGAGGAUAGGCCGAGAGGAGGGACUGAGGGCGCUGUAUUCAGGGAUUGCACCUGCGAUGCUUCGCCAGGCUUCCUAUGGAACCAUCAAGAUUGGCACUUACCAGAGCUUGAAGCGAUUCGCUGUGGAACGCCCAGAAGAUGAAACCCUGCUGAUCAAUGUUGUGUGUGGAAUUCUGUCUGGAGUCAUUUCCUCAGCUAUUGCUAAUCCAACCGAUGUUUUGAAAAUCCGAAUGCAGGCACAGAACAGCGCUGUUCAGGGGGGAAUGAUUGGCAACUUCAUCAACAUCUACCAGCAGGAGGGGACGAGAGGGCUGUGGAAGGGCGUGUCCCUCACAGCUCAGAGGGCUGCCAUUGUUGUCGGUGUGGAGCUUCCGGUCUAUGAUGUCACCAAGAAACACUUGAUACUCUCAGGCCUGAUGGGAGACACCGUCUCUACGCAUUUUCUCUCCAGCUUCACCUGUGGUCUGGUCGGGGCUUUGGCCUCAAACCCUGUCGAUGUUGUGAGAACGCGUAUGAUGAAUCAGAGAGUCCUUCGAGAUGGCGGAUGCUCUGGCUACAAAGGUACCUUGGAUUGCCUAUUGCAGACAUGGAAGAAUGAAGGGUUUUUUGCUCUAUAUAAGGGUUUUUGGCCAAAUUGGCUACGCCUUGGUCCUUGGAAUAUCAUUUUCUUUCUGACAUAUGAGCAGCUGAAGAAACUGGACUUGUGACCAGUCAGUCCAUGCUACGCGAGACAUUCUUCUGAAAAGCCAGCGUCCACAACGGUAGACCCCCCUGUGCUUCUGGCUGCUUCUCACUGCACAGCUUCUAGAUGGGUGAAGGCUGGCUUCUUUAGAUUGUCAUGCACCGGCACUGGACGCUCUUCAUCCGCGUUUUAGAGAUCAAACCAUGACAUGUACUCGCCUUGACACCCAAGAUGAUGUACACAAUACAUGUUUCUUGCUGUAGAAAACGUGCAGGGAAAUCAGAACCGUGUGCAGUUCCUCUGGGAGAGCAGCUUUGCUGCCUCUGGGCUUCCAGCUGGGAACAGCAGCUCUGAGCCAGCUCCGGAGUGAUGGGCCCCCCCCCCCCCCCCCCCCGCGCCCCCAUCCGCUCAGACCCUGACAGUGCAGGAAAUAGAUUUUUAGAGCAUUGCUUUGUACUUCCUGUUUGGGCAGAAUUUUUCACUUACAGUAAGUGAGGUUAAGCCUUUGAAGAGUCGACCUUUGUGAGGUACCAUUAGCCAUUUGCCCUAUGGUUUCUAAUCCAAGUUUAUUAUUUCCAUAUUGAUCAAGUGGGGACAGUCAUGCUGAGUGAAGGUGUCAGACGAAGGGAAGGCUCCUGGGGCUGCCACGUAAAAGGUAAACAGCUGGGUACCACGGGAUUAUCCUGACCAUUGUUAAAUAACGCUGCAGUGUUUUGGUUGCUGAUGAACUGAAGAGAGAUGUCUCCAGACUUCUAGCCUUCACUUUAGCUCAAAGUGGGUUUGUCUAAAAACCCUUUAUCUGAGAUUUCCUAGUUAAUUUCCUUGGAAUUAAAAAGUAAUUUAUUUCUUCCCAUUUCUUCUUUGUGAUAUUGGGGAUCAAACCCUUGUGCACUCUGGGUAUCUGCCCACGCUGAGCACCACCCCACCUCCAAAGUGACGUCUUUAUCGCGUAUUUAUCUCCUUUCUUAAAAGAGGUAUUUCACGCCCCUCUUCCUAUUUUUGUUUCUUCUAGACUGAUUAAACCUCUUCUACUUUUCAAAGCAAAAGAUGUCUCUAAGAGCUUUCUGUUUCUAGAAGGGAGCCCAAUCCCUUCAGGUGUACCCUGUGAAAGUGUCAGGGCUACCUGGGACUCUGGCCACGAUGCCAGUGCAUUCUGUAUCUGCCCCAUAGGGCUCCUUCCUUCUUCAGGCAGAAGUGUGCAGGUUUUCCUUUCCUUGAAGGUUGAGUGCUUUUUUUCUUACAUUUUCACCCUGGCUUCUUUGUUAAUGUUUACUUUGAAACCAGUCUGAGAAGCAGGGUUUGAUUUCUAAAAGUAAAAGCUAAGGCAGAGUCAUGGCUUAAAGAUGAAGAAAGCCCACAACUCCCCAGAGAGCCACUAGAUGGCAGUAGAGGAACACAACUUCUGCUGGCUUGGCUCCUCCACUGUGUGUGCGAGAUUUUUCCUCUAGCCUGAACAUUCCGUUAAGUGAUAGACUCCACAGAGGCCAAUUGCGUCUUUUUCAAACCACUUUUUUUGUUUUGUUUUGUUUUUGUAACAGUCCUGGCUAUCCUGGAACUCUUUUUUUCUUUUUUCCUCUUUUUUUUAAAAGACCGAACUGGCCUCAAACUCACAGAGAUCCUCCUGCAUCUGCCUCCUGAGUGCUGGGAUUAAAGGCGUGUACUGCCACUGACUGACAAAGCAAAAACAAAAACAAACAAACAAACAAAAAACCCACCACUUUUAAAAUAUGAAGGUAAUUUCUAAAGUAGAAACAGGUUCACUUUGAAGAUCCUAUAAAGAGUAGAUAUCAGACAGUAUUAUCAAUUUAUUCACAUUAUGUGUGUGUGUGUGUGUGUGUACCUGGAGAGAAAGAAACUUGAAUUUUACUGUAAAACUUUAGCAUGUCUUAAGGCAGAAUUGCAGUGUUUUAAGACAAGGGUGGUGCCAACUUCCUAAGUGCCUUAUAGGACAGGGUCAUAACCCGCCUUUCCGUCCCCCCGGAGUUGAUACAGUUGCUGACGUUCCUAACCCGGAGACAGCUUUGAGUGUUUGGGGAUGUGGGUGUGGCCGUAACACCUCCACUGGUGUUUUGAUCAAGUGCAGUGAAAACUAUCUGGAGUUUUUGUAACUAAGUUGAAGGAGAUUGUGUUUGUGUGUUUGUUCCUGAUGCUCUGUGGUAUGAAAAGUGGUUCUGUUCUCUAUUUAUUCCUGUGCUAUAAGCAGUAUGUAUUAUAUAAAGAAUAUGCAUUUUCCACAGGCUUUUCUAUAUUUCAAGCUCUUUAUACAUGAUUGGAUUGUGUGGCAUAAGCCUUGUUCCAUUAUUUAAUAAACUGAAGUAAUAUAUAAUGA